AUGAGUGGCGAGAAAAUCCAGACCGAAAAUGAGUUCAUGAGGGCAAUGCUUCAGUACGGUGAAGAGCACGACGGUGUUUCUCUCAGCGAUGGGAUGGCCUUUUCUGUGAUAAAGGACAUUUUAACAAAGCUGGAACCGGAGGAGUACGAGUAUGCCGGGUGGGCGACGGUGUCCGACGUCCACGAGUGCUCCUCUGUGGUAAGGGAAGUCUUCUCGAGUAACGGCACCAUCGCUGACGCUGCUGUCUCCGCACUUCUCUGCAUGAGUGUCGCGGCACCACACCUGCUCGGGCUCGGCGGUGGAUUCCUGGCGCUGUACUACGACGACGAAAGGGAUACCGUCGAAGCUUUGAACGCCCUGGGAAUGUCGCCGGCUAACGUGGCCAACGUGGACCAGGAAGCAGCGAAACGAGGAGCGAAGGCAUCUAUUGUGCCCGGAGCUUUGCGUGGCUACCAGGAACUUCACAAGAAGCUCAACGGAACCAUGAAGUGGAGGACCUCUUCGCUCCCGCGAUCAAGUUGGCCAAGGAAGGCUUUCCCAUCAAGAAACACUUCGCAGACGUCCUGGCAAAGCAUGCAAAGGAAAUAUCGACCACUGACAUCAAGUCCAUAUUCAACGGUGUACAAUCGGCAGGUGACAAGCUUGUGCAGCCGGAAAUGGCAAAACUGCUGGAGGAGCUUUCGAAGAGAGGCGCGGAUUAUUUCUACACUGAAGUCGCCGAAAAAAUUAUCGAAGGCCUGGGACCAGGGCUUUGCGGAACUGGUGAAGGAAAUAAGCAGCAGCAUUAUAGCAGGAAAAGUUGCCACCAAAUCUAAUUAUACCAUCGUUGAAGACUACGGUGGUGUCCACCUGUCGAUAACGAAAGAUUUCAAAGCCCUGACCAUCAUCUCCGGCAUCAACGAACCGUUCGGAAGCAAGAAGGCGUCGGUGCCGGGGCUUAUCAUGAACAACUACAUGAGUGCGUUCGCAGCGGCAGCCAACGCGCCAAAUGGGCUGCAAGGCGGCAAGCAGCCCAGGACAUCCAUGGUCCCGGUGUUCCUCAAACACGACGAGCAGCGACUCCUCCUCUUGCAGGCGGGUAACGGCGGCGGGAUUCCUGGAAUGUGGGCUCUGAUUCAGGUUUUGGGCUGCAUCUCUGAACGCAACGUCUCGUUCUGCGUCCGGUCUGAGAAUAGAAUCCUUCCAGCACUGCCCUCGAGCCCAGACAAGGGUCCCGACAUUCAGCCAACGGCCAGUGGAAUAUUCACCAAGGGGCCCCUGGUGUCGUGGCUCGUUCCGAGCGAUGACGUGCACUGCGACGGCACCAGCGACGGUGAGGAAACAACGGCGGCGACGAAGUGGGCAGCUAUCGAAACGAAGGACUACUGUAAGAGGACAAAAGUGUGCGGCGGCCAUAAGGCCGUAUUUGACAAAGAAGUAGCAAAGUGGACAGGGCUGAUCAACGUGGUGCUGCAAGAAGCUGCAAUCAGCCGCCAAGCCCUGUUGCAAACAGAUUCGGUGACAGUGAAUCUACAGCUGCAGACACUGAGCGAACUCAUUCUUGAACCCAUACGCCGUGGGACCCUCAAAGAGGAAACUCCUGCCAAGAAGGUGAGCCUGGUCUAG